CAAACAUCACUUGUAGAAAGCUGUAAAGGUUGACGUAUAAAUUAUCGCUAAUCUUUUGAUAGAGACAGUGUGAUUUUUUUUUAUGGGGGGUUUGAAUUUCCUUGAUCGAUGGGGAGCAUCGGCGUCUCGACCGAGGAUGAUGAGUUGGAGCAGUUGAGCGAGCGCUUCGACGGUUACAGCUUGAGUGCCGACGUCAGCGAGUCCGAAAGCUCCAGUGGCUUUUCCUGUCGGCAGUACGGUCGCCAAGCUCCUGCUGCUUCCGCUUCUCUCACUUCUUUGCCUCCAUCUGGACCCGACUUCGCUGACAUUUUUUAUUCUCAGCGGCCGCCCAUGCAGUUUGUUUUGCCGGCGGUAGGUGGACAACAUGUCGUCCUUCCGCCGUCUAUGACGGAGAAACCCCGGACCAAGUUGUCCGAAGUUGAAUUGAUGAAGGAGCGGUUUGCAAAGCUUCUGCUCGGAGAAGAUAUGUCCGGCGGAGGAUCGAUGGGGAGCACCGGCGUCUCGUCCGAGGAUGAUGAGUUGGAGCAGUUGAGCGAGCGCUCCGACAAUUACAGCUUGAGUGCCGACGUCAGUGAGUCCGAAAGCUCCAGUGGCUUUUCCUCUCGGCAGUACGGUCGCCAAGCUCCUGCUGCUUCCGCUUCUCUCACUUCUUCGCGUCCAACUGGACCCGACUUCGCUGACAUUUGUAAUUCUCAGCAGCCGCCCAUGCAGUUUGUUUUGCCGGCGGUAGGUGGACGACGUGUCGUCCUUCCGCCGUCUAUGACGGAGAAACCCCAGACCAAGUUGUCCGAAGUUGAAUUGAUGAAGGAGCGGUUUGCAAAGCUUCUGCUUGGAGAAGAUAUGUCCGGCGGAGGCAAGGGAGUCUGUACUGCGCUUGCUAUUUCCAAUGCAAUCACAAAUCUUUCUGCCACCGUAUUUGGGGAGUUGUGGAAGUUGGAGCCUCUGGCUCCCCAGAAGAAGGCAAUGUGGUGCCGAGAGAUGGAUUGGCUUUUGUCUGUAAGUGAUUCUAUUGUUGAGCUCAUACCAUCAGUACAAGAUUUCCCUGGUGGUGGGACCUUUGAGGUUAUGGUCACUCGGCCACGCUCUGAUCUGUAUGUAAACCUCCCGGCACUCAAGAAACUGGAUGCAAUGCUGCUUAGCAUUCUUGACGGAUUCCACGAUUCUGAGUUUUACUAUGUUGACCGAGGAAUAAUUGUUCCUGAUUCUGAUGAUGGUGCCUUGUCUCUCUCUUCCGGCAGACCAUCUACUAGGCAAGAAGAGAAAUGGUGGCUUCCAUUCCCUAAGGUCCCCUCAAAUGGUCUGUCGGAAAAUGUCAGAAAGACUUUGCAACAGUGUCGGGAAUGCACAAAUCAGAUCCUUAAGGCUGCAAUGGCCAUCAAUAGUAGUGUGCUAGCUGAAAUGGAAACCCCAGAUGCUUACUUGGAGAGUUUACCCAAGAGUGGGAAAGCUUGUUUAGGCGAAAUCAUUUACCGUUUUAUAGCUGCUGAUCGGUUUUCCCCAGAAUGUCUUCUUGAUUACUUGGACCUCUCAUCAGAAUACACCACUCUAGAAAUAGCAAACAGGAUUGAGGCUGCCGCACACAUUUGGAAGCAGAAGCAUGUGAAACCCCAUCUAACUCGUGUAAAUUCUGCAAAGUCAUCCUGGGGUGGAAAGGUCAAAGGCUUUGUCAGUGACAUAGAAAAGAGUAAGCUUCUCGGAUAUAGGACGGAUACCCUCUUACAGAAUCUGAAGAGACGGUUCCCUGGCCUCCCACAGACUGCUCUGGACAUGAACAAGAUUCAGUACAACAGGGAUGUGGGGCAGUCAAUCCUUGAGAGCUACUCUAGGGUGAUGGAACGCAUAGCCUUCAACAUAAUGGCGAGGAUAGAUGAUCUACUAUACGUAGACGAUGCCACCAAACAGCGGGCAGCUGCAGAGUCUAUGUCCCUGUAUGACCAGGGAAGGAUUGGUGGCACAUUGCCAAAACAGAAGCGGAUAUCACCCAGUCCCUUCUCAAUUCACCGUACCUCUUCAAUUACAUUGCCAGCAUUGGAUCCUGCUGUGAAUCAGAUAGGUAGAAGCCCCGGUGGAAGGACACAUAAUAAACAAACAACGAAGAAUAAUUUCAGCGACGCGGUGGAAGACAAAUUAGAAAAAUUAAUCUUCUGAUGAUGUUGAGAUAAUACGCUGACCAGCUUCCCUGUCCUAUAUAGCUAAUUAAGGUUAGUAUUUGAUAAGCUGUGUUUUUUAACUCUAUGAUCCAAUAAUAUAGCCAGAGAAUCCAAUGUGUUUAACCAUGUUUAACGAACUAAUGCAGUCACGAUGACUGAGAAAUGCCA